AUGACGGAGCCAUGCUCCACUCAUGCUGUGUUGCAGCUGGAGCCAGCAGAACGGCUGCCAGAUCCGACGCACACUCAGCGCAGGAGAGGAGGAAAACAUACAGAACGCAAAAUAAAAGAGCAGUGUCGAGAAGACAGGUGUGCUCUUGGUGUCCAUGGAAGCAUCACCAGAGUUCACCUGCCAUGUGUGCAUGAUGCCUACAGCGACAAGGACCAAAUGUGA